AUGAAGUUUGGAAAACAACUUUUGAAUCAGCAAAUAACAGAAUGGGCCUCUCACUACAUCAACUACAAGGGUAUGAAAAAAAUCAUAAACAGUUUAAAAAGCACAGAGGCCGCGACUAACGUCAAUACUAGCAAUACCAACACCCAUCACCGCAAUCAUAUCAAUGGCAAUGGCGAUAGCAAUCGAAGAUCACUGACCUCCUCGACAAUGAUCACGCUCGGCCCUCGAUAUCUUAUGAAAGCUAUUCAUGCUGAAAACAACAAUCACACUAAUUCGGGGAUUCCAUUUGAUGAGAACCAAACGUUCCUGCAACAACAAAAAACCUCAUUUUUCUUUAAACUUGAACGCGAGCUAGAAAAAGUCAACUCUUUCUACCUACAAAAAGAGGCAGAAUUCAGAGUUAGAUUACGAACCUUGAUUGACAAAAAGAAGAUUUUACUAGCACGCAAACGAAGAUUGUCUGCCGGAUCGGCGUCUCUAACGGCUCUGAAGGAAGGAUUUCAACAAUUUCAGCAAGAUCUAAACAAACUACAGCAAUUCAUUGAAAUCAACGCGACUGGAUUUCGCAAAAUUCUGAAAAAAUGGGAUAAACGGUCGAAAUCAAGCACCAAAGAACUCUAUCUCUCACGUCAAGUCGAAAUUCAACCAUGCUUUAAUAGAGACAUUAUCACCGAGCUAGCUGAUAAUGCUCGUGAUAAUUUGUUAGAGCUGGAGGAUAUCGCGAGUGGAUUAUCGAAUAGCUCACCAUCAUCGCCAUAUUCACCUGAACGAAAAUUAUCGAUCGGCGGAGAAUCCCAAACCUCCGACGUGAUGGACGAUCUCGAAACAGAAUUAUUCAAAGCUAUAACGACGGGUUCGAUCUCAUCAGUUCAAGAAAUUCUCGAAAGGAUCCGAGAUCAUCCAACUGGUGAGAAUCGUGAUCAGAUCUCGCGUGUCUUUUGGCGAGCUUGCUCCGAAGGAUCCACAGAAUCAAUACAACUAUUAGCGGAAACGAAUCUUAUUAAUUACAAGUAUAUGGAUGACAUUAGCGAUAGAACAUGUUUACACGAAGCAGCCAUCGUUGGUAGAACUGCACUCGCCAAACUAUGUGUUGAGCAUGAAGUAAACGUCAAUUGCACUGAUGUCUAUGGUAGACAACCAUUACAUUAUGUCUGCAUGUAUGGACAUAACGAAGCGGCUACUUAUCUUUUGUCCGUGAAUGCUAAAAUCGAAAAUAUUGAUCACGAUGGAUUUAGUCCAUUAAUUUACGCGAUUACAAAUGGUCAUACUAGAUGUGUGGAACUUUUAAUUGAUAACGGUGCACAUAUUGAACCACAAAAAGAAGGUGAUCAUAUUCCUUUAUCGCUGGCGUGCCAAUACGGGCAUAAGGACAUUGCCCUGUUGUUACUUAAGAAAGGAGCCAAAAUUACUGCAAAUAUCGAAGGUCUUUACCCUUUACAUUUAACUUCACGCGAAGGUCAUCAUGAACUGUCGAAAAUCCUGACAGAACAUGGAGCUCUGUUAGACACGGUCGACAAAUAUAAUGGAUGGUCUCCUAUCUUCUAUGCCGCUAGCGAAGGUCACAUCCAAUGCGUCAAAGUGCUGUUGGAUGCAAAAUGCGAGGUGAAUAUUAAAGAUGAGUCGGGGCGUACACCAAUUUACUACGCUGCAUGGGAAGGUCAUAUCGAAUGCAUCAAUUUGUUAAAUUCUGCUGGAGGACGUGUAAAUGUUGCAGAAACUCAAAAUGGUCAUCAAUCAAAUGGUCAUCAACAAAAUGGUCACCAACCAAAUGGUCACCAACCAAAUGGUCACCAACCAAAUGGUCACCAGCAAAAUGGCCAUCAACGUAAUGGACAUCAAAAUGGACUGUUUGAUGAUCGAGAAAAAUUUGAUGCGAAUACAAUACCACUCCCGCCACUUUCACUUCCACCACCUAUUAUACCUGUACGAAUUUAUGGUCAUAAUUAUUUGGAUAAAAAAUAUCAUGUUCAAGUCACACUUGGACAUAAUUCCGCUAAAUCAUUGAAACCACCCGUUCAUCUUUAUGGAAAUAGUCAAAUAUCUUCAUUGAAACUUAUAGUCUCUUCAAAACCAGACAUGGGAAUGAUUCCGCACAGUGUUAUUCUACCAUUGGGCGAUGAUAGAGAAGUGUUCUCCUUUCAAUUAGACACACUCGAGAACUUCACAUUGGAGUUCGAUAUUUUUCCUACCUUUGGAUCACGUGUUAUUGGCAGAGGAGUAGUUUUACCGUACGUGUUUAGUCCUAGCGAUGGACAAGAUCGUGAUUUAAUGACUGGAGGGACAGGGAGAAGAUGUAUUUGUCCUUUAUUUAAUACACAUUUGAAAGUGGUCGGCGAGGUUUCCUUUGAGUUUGAGGUCGUAAAGCCAUUCCAAAGUGUACAACUUGAAAUUGGAGGUCGAGUUGAAACUUAUUGGAAAUCUACAAAUCCAAUCACCCUUUUUAACUCUCGUCUCGAACUACCACUGGUUGCAAACGGAUUUACACAUUCAUUCAUCACUGCCUCAUCCCUCUCCGAUGAAUACAUUCAAAUUGUGGUUCAAGUCACGAGAGAUAUGAUCGCGGUAGUAUAUUCAGAUUGGAUGCUUCCCGUGGAUGAGUUUGAUCUGAGUGUAUCUGAUGUAACCUAUAAACAAUUCAAAACAAUGGGUGAAAGAAUUUUGAACGGCAAUAAAGAAUCUGUCGAUUUUAAAAAGGAAAAAAACAAAGCUAAGUUGCAUAAAAUGGUUCAUAGGGCUUAUCUAUCGUUGGAAGAAGUUUUAGAGCAUUUACCCCUUGAUAUCGGCGUGAAUAUUGAAAUCAAGUACCCUACCGUUUACGAAAUGUCAAAUUACUGGUUUUCUAACAUACCCGAUAUUAAUACAUAUGUCGAUACGAUAUUACAAUCGGUAUAUGAUCAAGCACAAGCAACUCAUGGAAACGGCAUCGGCACCUCCUCUAAUCACACUUAUCAUAUACCACCAGUUAAACGUUCCGUGAUAUUUUCGUCAUUUAACCCUGCGAUAUGUUCAGCAAUAAAUUGGAAACAGCCAAAUUAUGCGGUCUUUUUCAACACCUAUUGCGGAUUUGAAAGUGGCGCAACUAAUCGAGGUAAAAAACGAAAGGCACGUAGCGAACACAAUGUAGACGAAGAUACUACAUAUGAAGAGGUUAUAAUUCGAGAUAAACGAUGCACUUCAAUCAAGGAAGCAAUCAAAUUCGCAAAGAGUAACAAUUUAUUGGGCAUAAUCUGCGAAGCAACAUUACUGAUACAAGUACCCACCUUAAUAACAAACGUAAAGAAGGCUGGAUUAAUGCUAAUUACCUUUGGUAGCGCAAAUAAUGAUUCUUGUAACAUGCGAUUACAAGAGCGGUAUGGUGUAGAUGCAAUUAUGAUUGAUGGCGUGAUAAAGUAUGAUAAUCGACAGAACGUUUUUUAA